AUGGGCUCCGGCGACUCAGCAACGGCCGAGGGUGGCCAGGAGGAGCAGUCAAAUGAGCUGGCCUCAUCAUCGGGCAAGUCCAGCCAAGGGACAGACUCAUUAGGUGACAAGGGCGGUGGGGAGCAGAAAGCGCAGGAUGAGCCAGAGUGUGCGGAGCAACAGCCGAAGCGGGUGCCGCGCAUCCCUGAGGCGAAGCAGCCGCUGGGCAUGCUGCAGCUGGUGAUCAAGUCGGUCGACCUGGAACAGGGGUCUGACAGCUGCUUCUGCCUGCUGCGCUGUGGCCCCCUGUGGGGCCGGUCCACCACCCAGCCAUACUCCAACCAUCUCGAAUUCAGCUGGGAGGUGCACGCGCCGAUAUUCGACCCCGGCACGGUGCUGCAGCUGGCGCUGUUCAAGGAGACGGGGCCGCGAACAUCGCGGCGCACAACAAUGGUGGGGCAGUUGCGCAUACGGCUGUCCUCGCUGUCCACCGACGUGCUGCACUCCGCGCGCCUGCCGCUCUGCGCCAGCCGCCAGAAGGGCGGGGAGCGCUCCGCCACCGCCGACCUCGCUAUCAAGGCGCGCCCUCACUCUGUGUUUUUCCACUUCUGGUCCAAACUGGCAGGUGGUGAUGAUCUUGCGUACCUGGGCAGCCCGGCCACAGGCAGGUCUGAAUGCCUGCAGUUCUCCAUUGCGCAGGUGUCGUACUUCAGCCGGCUGCGGCUGCUGCGCGGGUACCUGUCGCCGCCGCGGCCGGUGGGCAUGUACCGGCACGGCCUGGCCGGGGGCGACGUGCGCCGAACGCUCGAGCGCGAGACGGCGCGCAUCACCAUGCGCUGGCUGGAGUCCUCCUCUCCCCCCAUUCCCCGCUCCGUCGCCGACUGCCUCCUGCGCAGCCCCCAGGACAUGUUCCUGAUGUCGCGCACGAAGGCUCACUGGCGGCGGCUGUCGGUGUGGGUGGAGGCCGGCAAGGAGGCGAGCGAGGGCUGGGCAUACCUGCAGUCCUGGGACAACCCGCCGGCCACGAUCGGCACCAUGGCGGCCAUGACCGCCCUGUGCUGCUACCCGCACAUCACCAUCUCUCUCGGCGCCACUGCCCUCGUCAUCUACAUGGUGUUUGCGUAUCCGUCGGAGGGUGUGGGCGAGCCGAUGCCAAUGGAGCCAGACCCAGAGGCCAAGGAGGACGAUGAUGACACUGGGGACAACGAGCUGCAGGGGACGCUGGUGCAGCGGCUGCAGGCGAGAGUGGAGAACAUGCAGCGCAUCGCUCUCAAGGUGCAGAACGCGCUGGACGAAAUCGCGAGCGCGCUUGAGCGGGUGCGCGCCGUGGUGUGCUGGGCAGACCCCAACGCUUCGUCCUUCUUCCUCAUCAUUGCCACGGUUGCUGCUCUGCUCGUGCCGCUGCUAGGCCUGCACACCCUCAUCUCCUUCCUGCUCUGCUGGAUGCUGCGCCCUCCAUUUCUGCGUGUGCCGCGGCCUCCGCCGCCAUACUCCUUCCUCCUGCGGCUGCCCAACAAGGCGGACCAAAUUCCCUGA